CAUAUUUUCUCUGACUAACCGCGAGUCUAUUCUGUUUUAAGAGAUGGUUUUCUGGUCCAGCGUGUUCAGCUGUUCGGCGCUUUGCUCAGAAGGCGAGCAGAGCGCCUCUGCACCUUUAAGGCAAUGAAGAAGAAAAUCGGCUGCAGACGCAGGGGAGAGGGUUAUUCUGUAAUGCUCUGAGGAAGAGAGGGUUAGCGCAGGGACCAAUGUGAUUAAAACGGCAGUGGGAAGAUGUGCUUGCUUGUUGCUUGCUGGAAGGAGAGUGGUGGUGAGGAAGGUUUGAGAUUGGAGUAUAACAAUUAUUAUCUCUGCUUCAGAUUAUCUGACCUGGGCUCUUCGGACUAAAUAUUUCGAAAUCACUUCUCAAUGUUUUAUUAAUUAAUUUCGGAAAGUGUUUUGUUUUCAUUUAUAUUCAUUUUAAAUUGAGUUCUGUUUAAUAUUUGUUGUUGCCCGUGUGUCUAUAAUCCCACCUGUGCACAUUUCGCUGGAUCUGCGUGUUUUAGACUCUGCUCAGACUCAGCAUCCCACCUGGCCCUUGAUUCACGGAAGCGAGCCUCCAGUCCAGCAUCGCCCCGAAACCAAGGGAAAUAAGCAAGGCACGGGGUAACAGCAUCAAGAGAGGCGUGGAGUUGGAUGUCAGCUUCAACCAAGACAAUCACAGAAGCACAUUCCUCUUCCAAGGAGAGAGAGCGAGAGAGAGAGAGAGAGAGAGAGCGAGAGAGAGAGAGAGCAGAUUCCUCCUGCCUGACAGCUCUGUGAUAUUGUAAUAUUGCAACCAACAAACAGAAGAAAAAUCAAUAUUGAAUACUGGAGAAAGUGGGCAGUGUGAGAAGAAAAGGGCAUAGCUUGGGGAUUGAACGGAGCGGGGCAUGUGGAUAUUGGCUAUUAUCUAUUCCCAGUGCAUCUUAAAUGUUUUCAGUGAAGACCUGCGGUCCAGCUUAUAUUUCGUCAAUGCAUCUGUGCAAGAGGUAGUGUUUGCCAGCACUACUGGGACCUCGGUUCCCUGUCCCGCAGCGGGCGUACCCCCAGUAACGCUGCGCUGGUACUUCGCCACUGGAGAGGAGAUCUAUGACGUCCCAGGGAUACGCCAUGUGCACCCCAAUGGCACCCUCCAGAUCUUCCAAUUCCCCCCUUCAAGCUUUAGCAACUUAAUCCAUGACAACACGUACUAUUGCACAGCUGAAAAUCCUUCAGGGAAAAUUAGGAGCCAAGAUGUACAUAUUAAGGCCGUUUUACGGGAGCCCUAUACUGUCCGUGUGGAGGACCAGAAAGCCAUGAGAGGCAAUGUAGCGGUCUUCAAGUGCAUUAUCCCUGCCUCCGUGGAGGCCUACAUCACUGUUGUGUCGUGGGAGAAAGACACGGUCUCACUCGUCUCAGGAUCUAGAUUUCUCAUCACAUCCAUGGGAGCCUUGUAUAUAGUGGAUGUACAGAAUGAGGAUGGACUAUAUAACUACCGCUGCAUCACGCGGCAUCGCUACACCGGUGAAACCAGGCAAAGCAACAGUGCUCGUCUCUUUCUGUCAGACCCUACAAAUUCAGAGCCGGUGAUCAUAGAUGGCUUCAGCCAGCGGGAGGUCAUGGCCGGCCACCGGGUGGAGCUCCCGUGCAAAGCCUCGGGGCACCCGGCCCCAAAAUACCGCUGGCUCAAGGACGGCCAGCCGCUCGAGCCGGAGAGCCGCUUUCGCCAGAGCGUGACGGGCCUGCUGAUAGAGAACGCCCGGCCCGGCGACACGGGGAGCUACCUGUGCGAGGUGUGGAACAGCUACGGCAACGCCGAGGUCGUUGGCCGGCUGCUGGUCAGACAACACCUGAAGGCUGUGAUCAGCCCCCGAAAGGUGAAGGGCAGCGUGGGCAGCCAGGUGUCCCUCUCCUGCAGUGUCAGUGGCUCGGAGGAGUACGAGCUCUCCUGGUACCGCAACGGAGAGGUCAUCCGUCCCGGCGUCAGUGUGCGCAUCGCCGGGAAUAACCGGGAAAACCUGGCGAUGGACGGCAUGGCCAAGAGCGACGGCGGCGCCUACCAGUGCUUCGCCAGGAAGGGGAGAAUGUCCGCUCAGGACUUCGUUCAGGUCAUCUUGGAAGAUGGCACACCGAAGAUCUUGUCUGCCUUCAGCGAGAAGGUCGUCAACCCAAACGAGGUGGUUUCUCUGGUCUGCAACGUCAAGGGGACGCCUCUGCCAACUGUCACCUGGACCCUGGAUGACGAUCCGGUUGUGCAGGACGCCAACCAUCAAAUGGACAAGGUCCUAAUUGGCGAGGGCAAUGUGUUGAGCUACCUGAACAUCUCCAACACUCAGGUCCGGGACGGGGGCGUCUACCGGUGCACUUGCAACAACUCAGCGGGAGUGGUCUCCUACCAGGCUCGAAUAAACGUAAGAGGUGCUCCAAGCAUCCGGCUAAUGAAAAACCUCACAGCCAUAGCUGGGAGGGACACCUACAUUCACUGCCGUGUCAUUGGCUACCCAUACUACUCCAUCAAGUGGCACAAGAAUGGCAACCUGCUUCCUUUCAAUCACCGCCAGCGUGCCUUCGAGAGCAAUGGCACGUUGAAGCUGUCAGAUGUCCAGAAGGACACGGAUGAGGGAGAGUACACCUGCAGUGUGUUGGUCCAACCGAAGCUGUUCACCAGCCAGAGUGUGUACGUUGCUGUGAAAGUUCCUCCGUUCAUCCAGCACUUCGAGUUCCCGCACUUCUCCAUUGGUCAGCGGGUCUUCAUCCCCUGCGUGGUGGUGUCCGGCGACCUGCCCAUCUUCAUCACCUGGCACAAAGACGGCCGGCCUAUCCCCGCCAGCCUGGGCGUCACCAUCGACAACAUCGACUUCACCAGCUCCCUGCGCAUCUCCAACCUCGCGUCCCGGCACAACGGCUUCUACACCUGCAUCGCCCGCAACGACGCCGCCACCGUGGAGCACAAGAGCGAGCUGAUCGUUCGAGUUCCUCCAAGGUUUGUCGUGCAACCUAAGGACCAGGAUGGUAUUUACGGGAAAGCUGUGAUCCUCAACUGCUCUGCGGAGGGAACCCCGGCUCCCACUAUCGUGUGGAAGUUCUCCAAAGGGGCGGGCGUGCCCCAGUUCCAGCCCAUCCCCCUGAGCUCGGGCUUCCGACUUCAACUUCUGGACUCAGGCUCUCUGCUCAUCAAGCAUGUCCUUGAGGAGGACAGCGGCUACUACCUGUGCAAAGUCAGCAACGACGUGGGAGCCGAUGUCAGCAAGUCCAUGUAUCUUAACGUCAAAAUUCCAGCCAUGAUCACCUCUUACCCCAACACCACGCUGGCCACGCAGGGCCAGAGGAAGGCCAUGAGCUGCACGGCGCACGGCGAGAAGCCCAUCAUGGUGCGCUGGGAGAAGGAGGACCGCAUCAUCAACCCCGAGAUGAGCCGAUACGUCGUCUCCGUCAAGGAGGCGGCCGACGAGGUCAUCUCCACCCUGCAGAUUUUGCCCACAGUAAGGGAAGAUUCUGGAUUUUUCUCCUGUCACGCAAUCAACUCGUAUGGGGAAGACAGAGGGAUCAUUCAGUUAACAGUGCAAGAACCCCCUGACCCCCCAGAAGUUGAGAUUCGGGAGGUUCGGGACCGGACAAUUGCCCUUCGCUGGACCAUGGGCUUCGAUGGCAACAGUCCCAUCACCGGCUAUGAUAUUGAGUGCAAGAACAAAUCAGCAACGUGGAAAACUGUCCAAAGAACCAAAGAUGUUUCCCCUCAGCUGAACCAGGCCACCAUCAUCGACCUCCACCCAUCCUCCACCUACAACAUCCGCAUGUUCGCCAAGAACCAGAUUGGGAAGAGCGAGGCCAGCAAUGAGCUCACCAUCACCACAGACGAAGCGGCUCCUGAUGGUCCACCACAAGAUGUUCAACUCGAAGCCGUCUCCUCUCAGAGCAUCAAAGUCACCUGGAAGGCACCUAAAAAGCACCUGCAGAAUGGUAUGAUCCGGGGGUACCAAAUCGGUUACCGGGAAUACAGCACGGGAGGUAGCUACCAGUUCAACGUCAUCAGCAUGGAGACGACUGGGGACAGCGAGACCAUGACUCUGGAUAAUCUGAAGAAGUUUGCCCAGUACGGCGUGGUGGUGCAGGCCAGGAACAGUGCUGGCACAGGACCCUCCUGCCAGGAAGCCAUCGCCACAACCCUGGAGGAUGUCCCUAGCCGACCCCCUGAGAACGUCCAGGCCACAGCAACAUCUCCCGAGAGCAUCUCAAUUUCCUGGCUGACCCCCGCCAAAGAGGCGCUCAAUGGCAUCCUUCAGGCUUUCCGUGUCAUCUACUGGGCAAACCUGCCUGAUGGAGAGCUGGGAGAGAUCCGCAACGUCAGCACCUCCCAGCCUUCCCUGGAGCUGGACGGGCUGGAGAAGUACACCAACUACAGCAUCCAGGUGCUGGCGUUCACACGCGCCGGCGACGGGGUGCGGAGCAGGCAGAUCUUCAUCCGCACCAAGGAGGACGUGCCUGGUCCUCCCGGUGGAGUGAAGGCAGCAGCCGCAGGCAGCUCGGUGGUGUAUGUCUCCUGGCUGGCCCCGCUCAAGCUCAACGGCAUCAUCAGAAAGUACACCAUCUUCUGCUCCAACCACUAUCCCGCGGUCAUGAGUGAGUUUGAAGCCGCUCCCGACGUGUUUUUUUAUGUCGUCCCAAACCUCAACCGGAACCACAAGUACAGUUUUUGGGUUGUCGCGGUUACAGCAGCUGGCCGAGGAAACAUCAGCGAUGUCAUCGCCGUUGAACCUCUCGCUAAAGCUCCCGCCAGGAUCGUCACGUUCACUGGUACGGUAACGAUGCCCUGGAUGAGGGAUAUCGUUCUGCCCUGCAAAGCUGUUGGAGAUCCACUCCCCACCAUUAAAUGGAUGAAGGAAAUCAAUGGGACUCCAUCUCCUGUCAUCAUUGACGGCAGGCGUAGUGUUCACAGCAACGGCAGCUUUGUUAUCCGAACAGUAAAAGCAGAGGAUUCUGGGUACUACACUUGUGUGGCCAGUAACAGCUGGGGAUCUGAUGAAAUUGUGCUUAACCUUCAAGUCCAAGUUCCACCAGACCAGCCACGUCUCACGGUGACCAAGACAACCCCCAUGUCAAUCACUCUGUCCUGGAUACCUGGGGACAAUGGGGGGAGCUCUAUCAGAGGGUACAUCCUGCAGUACUCAGAGGACAACAGCGAGCAGUGGGGGAACAUUCCCAUUAGCCCCAGUGAGCGCUCCUAUCGCCUGGAGAACCUGAAAUGUGGCACCUGGUACAAGUUCACCCUCACCGCCCAGAAUGGAGUUGGCCCGGGCCGCAUCAGUGAGAUCAUCGAGGCCAAGACACACGGGAAAGAGCCGCAGUAUUCCAAAGAGCAUGAGCUGUUUGCCAGCAUCAAUUCCACUCGUGUCCAGCUUAACCUGAACGGCUGGAACAAUGGCGGUUGCCCCAUCACCUCCUUCACGCUGGAGUACCGGGCCUUGGAAGUCACCGUCUGGACCACUGCCCAGCGUACCUCGUUGACGAAAAGUUACACCCUGUACGACCUGCAGGAGGCAACGUGGUACGAGCUCCUGAUGAAGGUUUCUAACAGCGCUGGCUUUGCAGAGAAGAGAGCAAUGUUUGCCACACUCAACUACGAUGGAAGCACCAUUCCACCAUUGCCCAAGUCUGGAGAAGAGAGCCUGGAGAGCCUGCCAAGCAAUGAGGGUCUGAAGAUGAUGGUGACUAUUUCCUGCAUAUUGGUGGCCAUCGUUCUGCUCUUCAUCCUGAUGAUGGUUUUGAGGAAGAGGAGGCGAGAUCAGAGGCUUAAAAGGCUUAGAGAUGCAAAAAGCUUGGCUGAGAUGUUAAUGAGUAAAAACACUAGGCCCUCAGAAACUGUGAACAAGCAGCAGCAGACUCUGCGCAUGCACAUCGAUAUCCCCAGGGCGCAACUGCUGAUUGAGGAGAGGGACACCACGGAGACAAUCGAUGACAGGUCUACAGUACUGCUGACCGAUGCUGACUUUGGAGAAACAUCCAAACAGAAGACUUCUACCGUCACACACACGGUCCACUACCAGUCCCUCUCCCAGGCCACUGGGCCGCUGGUGGACGUGUCUGAUGCCCGACCUGGAACCAACCCCACGGCCCGCCGCACUGCCAAAGCUGGCCCCGCCGCGCGAAACCGCUACGCCAGCCAGUGGACGCUCAACCGGCCGCACCCGCCCGCCUCCUCCCAAACCCUGUCCACCGACUGGAGGCUGCCCACGCCGCGGGCGGCCGGCUCAGCGGACAAGGAGAGCGACAGCUACAGCGUCAGCCCGUCUCAGGACACAGAUCGAGCUAGGAGCAGCAUGGUGUCGACGGAGAGCGCCUCCUCCACCUACGAGGAGCUGGCGCGGGCCUACGAGCACGCCAAGAUGGAGGAGCAUCUGCGCCACGCCAAGUUCACCAUCACCGAGUGCUUCAUCUCCGACACGUCCUCCGAGCAGAUGACCGCCGGGGCCAACGAGUACACCGACAGCCUGGCGUCCAGCACGCCGUCCGAGUCGGGCAUCUGCCGGUUCACCGCGUCCCCGCCCAAACCGCAGGACGGGGGCCGGGUCAUGAACAUGGCCAUCCCCAAGGCUCACAGACCGGGAGGCGAGCUGGUGCACCUGCCCCCCUAUCUCCGGAUGGACUUCCUCUUAAACCGCGGCGUCCCCGGGGCGGGGCGCGAGGGGUGUCUGGAGCCCCAGAAGAGCCGCACUCUCAAACGGCCUGCCAUCCUGGAGCCCACGCCCACGGAGGCCCCCGCAGGCAGCAGGGAUGCCCAGCAGUGGCAGCCAGGGACUGCCUCCACACUGCCCCAGCGCGAGGGCACGGACUUGGCACAGGCCGCCAAGCUCAGCAGCUCCCAGGAGUCCCUCCUGGACUCCAGAGGACACCUGAAACAGAGCAACAACCCGUACGCAAAAUCCUACACUUUGGUAUAACACAGAGCAUGGACGGGACUGCAGACGCAAACAAGAGCUCGCUGGAGGAGAACACACAAAACACACAGACUCUUGUAUAUAUGUUUCCGAUUUCCAAAAGGACGGGUUACUUAUAGUCUUUGUUUCUUUCUUGCUUUCUUUCUUUCUUUCUUGUUUUUACUUGAGAAUUUGUUUAUUUGAAAUUACUCCAUGCAAGAACUGCUAAAAUAAUUUAUUUAUAAAGAGAGAAAAAAUAUUGAUAUUAUAAAGAUGAUUAUGCUGAGGAUUAUGAUGAUGAUGCAAUGAUGACGAUGAUUAUAAAAAUAUUAAUUACAUUGCUAUACAAAAUGAUAAAAUCUAUAAACCAAAUGAAAGGACGUGGCAUAAGUAUGAUAUGAAAGGAUGUUGUUUCAUCAUUUUUUUUCCAGAGAGGGAGCUGGUUGAUGGUAAGUUUGUUUGUCAGUUUGGAAUAUAUUGAUUUAUUAUAGGAGGAAACUGGAAGAACUGUGUGAGAAAAUUCUCUAAUUUGUCCAAUCUUUUCAGAUAUUUAUCUUUUAAAAUCACCUGCCUAUGACUGCAUGGGGACUGAAUGCAAAAUCUUUAUCAUAAUAAUUAUAAUAAUAGUAAUUAUAGUUAUCACAAUAAUUCCUAGACAACUAAAUAUUUUGCCACACUAUGAAAUUAUAUAAAUUUUAUUAUUAUUAUUAUUAUUAUUAUUAUUAUUAUGAGAAGUCACUUUUAUUUGUGGAAAUUACAGGGAAAAUUAUUUGGUUAAUAAAGUCCUUAGUCAUGUUUGCACACAUCUGGUUUUGAUUUGAAAAUGGAGCCUCCCUUGAUCUUUCCUUUUCCCCCAUUCUCCUCUUGUACUUAAUAAAAGCAGGGAAUCUCACUGGA